CAAGACCUUACACAGGUUUGGGCGAAACAGAAAAAUUGCACCUGAACCUGUCAUCGUGAUGUUCUGACUGACAUCAAGUCUUGCUUACAUGUAAUUACCCUGCUUCCUCUCCUUCCGCCGAUCAUCAACGCCACUCAUCCUCGCUCAACACCAUUCUUUUUCCGCAUCUCGCAAAGCCGAACAGAAACGAAGUCGUCGCCAAAUGGCAGCUCCCCCCCUCCCCGGCCCAGACGGCCCCAGUUUCCUCCCAGACCUGACUCUACCCUACGACAACCUGAACGGCAACGACAACAACAACAACAACAACAACAACAACAACAACAACCUAUCCACAACCCUCACCGUCAUCCCGAUGCCGCCGCAGACGCCCAUCUCGGUAGCCACCCCGAUCCUCAUCUUCACGGGCUCCAUCGCCGCGCUCGUGGCUCUGGGCUGCCUCGCCGGCCGGAUCAACAGGAGACGUCUUGCGAAGCGGGAGCGGCAGAGACGGACACGCGCCGCCGCCGCCGCCGCGACCGCGAGGGGGUAUCAGGGUGCGGGGGAGGCUCAGGCGGGGGGUUCGAAAGGGGGUGUUUCGAAGGACAAGGUCGGCGGCGGCGCGCGGGUUGAGGUUUGGGAGGUUGGAGAGCUGGCGUCGCGGUCUAGCGUUGAUAAUGUGGUCUAGUGGUUGGAGUCGUUCAUUCGUUACAUUCGUUCGUUCAUACUUUCUUGUCAAGCUAUUGGUUUUGGUUGAAAGACGCGGUAUCUAAUGUCGGAAACUGUUCGGAACUUGGCAUCAUAGCAUCAUACGUCAUUCCUUCGGACCCAUCUUAAAAGUUGGGACCAGCUUUUCGUG